UCCUCCUUCCCGGCGGGGGACCCGAGCGGCGGCGGCGGCGGCGGGCUUCCUCCUGCUUGCCUAGUCCUCCUCCCGGCUCCCUGGGCGCCUUCCUCCGCGGCUGCUCCGCCCGAGUUUGGUCCAAGAGGAGCAGGAGCAGAAGGAGGGCAGGCAGCAGCAGCAGCCUCAGGAUGAGGGUGAAGGUGGACUUCGAGGAGUGCCUCAAGGACUCGCCCCGCUUCAGGGCUGCCAUUGAGACGGUGGAAACGGAGGUGUCUUUGUUGGAGACCCAGCUGGAGAAGUUGCUGAAGCUAUGCACCACCAUGCUGGAAUCGGGGCGUCAGUACUGCGCCCACAGCAAGACCUUCGUCUCUGGUGUCCAGGAGCUUUCCCAGAAUACCCUGGGAGACGCCAUGAUGAGCGAGUGCCUAGAAAAGUUUUCCAAGAGCUUGACCAAGAUGAUUGAUGGGCAUGAGGAACUUCUAGAUGCAACCCAGCAGUCGCUCAAGAAUCAGCUGCAGAGCCUGGUGAAAGAGGACAUGAAACAGUUUAAGGAGACCCGGAAGGAGUUCGAACGUGGCAGCGAAAACCUGGCCAGCGCCUUGCACCACAAUGCAGAGGUCCCUCGCCGGCGCCACCAUGAGGCCGAAGAGGCAGUGGUCGCCCUGAAGUGUGCUCGCACCACGUUUCGUGCCCGAGCCCUUGACUACGUAUUGCAGAUCAAUGUGAUCCAGUCGAAGAAGAAGUCCGAGAUCCUGAAAUUUAUGUUGACGCUGAUGGAGGCCCAGUCCUCCUACCUGGAGCAGGGCUUCCACAUGGCAAAACAGCUGGAACAGUAUCGCAAGGACCUUGCGGCCCAGCUCCAUCAGCUGGUCCUGGAGUCGGCCCGAGAGAAACGGGACAUGGAGCAGAGGCACACGGUGAUCAAGCAGAAGGACUUGUCCCGGGAUGAUGUGAUUCCUGAAUCCAAGACGGAGCCCGGAGGAGUGGUGAUGGAAGGAUACUUAUACAAACGGGCCAGCAACGCUUUUAAGACGUGGAGCAGGCGCUGGUUUUCUAUCCAGAGCAACCAGUUGGUGUAUCAGAAAAAGGCCAAGGAUGCUCUGACGGUCGUAGUGGAAGACCUCCGGUUGUGCACAGUGAAACCAUGUCCCGAUCAUGAACGCCGGUUCUGCUUCGAAGUGGUGUCGCCCUCCAAGAGCUGUCUUCUGCAGGCAGAUUCGGAAAGGCACCAGCAAGCCUGGGUCUGCGCAGUUCAGAAUAGCAUUGCAUCUGCUUACAAUGAGGAACGGCUAGAAUUAUCUGGGCAGCCCUUGGAACGGACAGCGUCCCUCUCUGCGGCCACGCUCCAGUCCCCUUCCAGCCGGAAACUUCGGGGCGGUGUGGAUAAACACGUGGUGGAUCAAGUGCAGAGGCUGGAGGGGAAUGCACAGUGUUGUGACUGCCGUGAGCCGGCCCCCGAGUGGGCCAGCAUCAAUUUGGGCAUCACCCUUUGCAUCGAGUGCUCUGGCAUACACAGGAGCCUCGGUGUCCAUUUCUCCAAGGUGCGAUCGCUGACGCUCGAUUCCUGGGAACCUGAACUUGUGAAGUUGAUGUGCGAAUUGGGAAAUCGUGUCAUCAACCAGAUCUAUGAGGCUCGGGUGGAGGAGAUGAACUUCAAGCGGCCACAGCCUGGCUGUUCACGGGCAGAGAAAGAGGCCUGGAUCCGGGCCAAGUACGUGGAAAAGAAAUUCAUCACCAAGUUCCCCAAGGCUGGGUUGCGGAUAAAUCGAGCCAGAGACACUGGGGGCUUUGCGAAGCCCCCCAAACCGUUCCCCAAACCCAAGCCUCCCCGACAGACCCGAGGGACUGCAGGCAGUACCCCAAACCGUUCAAGCCCCAUUCCAGGGUCCCCACGAGAAGGUGCAGUUCCAGCUACUGAGGAUCUCCAGAGUCUGCAUCCAGGGGCCUUGCUCUACCGCGCAGCCGCUGCUCCCCCCAGCUUGCCCACAAUGGCGGAUGCCUUGGCCCAUGGUGCGGACGUCAACUGGGUGAACGCGGCCCAUGAGAGUCGUACCCCUUUGCUCCAGGCGGUAGAAGCCAAUUCCUUGUUGGCUUGUGAGUUCUUGCUGCAAAAUGGUGCCAAUGUCAACCAGCCAGACAGCCGGGGCCGGGGCCCCCUCCACCACGCCACCGUCUUGGGUCACACUGGGCUGGCAUGUCUGUUUCUCAAACGUGGUGCCAACAUGAAUGCAGUCGAUGGGGAAGGGAAGGACCCCCUCAGCAUCGCCAUAGAGCUGGCCAACGCCGAUAUCGUCACCUUGUUGCGGUUGGCCAAGAUGCGUGAAGCGGAGCUUGCCUUGGGUCAGUCGGGAGAUGAAACGUAUCUUGACAUCUUUCAUGAUUUUUCGCUCAUGGCCUCCAAUGAUCCAGAAAAGCUGACCCGGCGGAGCUACGACCUGAAGCUGACAACGUUGUGAAAGAUGGAGGGAAAGACCACAAAACACCCGCUACGCACCCAGAGAAUGAGGGUGUGUGGAUAAUGGGCAUGAGAUUCAUUUCCAAAAGCUGCAGGGACAGGAGCAGGGGACCUCCUCGCAGGAAAAACAUCCCUGUUUUCUCCAAAAUUGACAUAGCCUCUUGUUUUUACCCCCAGCCGUUUCAAGGACUUUGCGGGGAGGUUUUUUCUUUUUCUGGGGCCAAGGGAAUGGCAGUGAGGAAUUAUUAUUAU